AUGGGAAGGAAGCUUCCAGCGUUGGCUUGCGCCGACGCCGCGCACACCGUCAUCGAGCCCACGCCGGACGCCGGGUCCUCAAACACGAUUGAAGACAUGAAGGCGACUGAGAUGCAGGCCCAGGUCGCGAAGGGUCUCUCUUGCACUUGCGUUGUGUUCCGCAUUGUGAAGCCCACGCCCGAGAUCACGUCUUCCUAUGUGAUUGAGAAUGUGAAGGCCAAGAUCCAGAACAAGGGAUAUUCUUCUCUUGCCGCCGCCACUUUUCACAUUCUUGUCGAGCCCGCGCGGCAAGUCGGAUCAUCAAACGCGAUCGACAACGUCAAGGCGAAGAUGCAGGACACGAAGCAUGCGAAGGAAGCGUCUAAGUGCGGCGCCAUGCCCAUCCUCGUCAAUUGCCAGGAUUCAGGACACGGAGCAUGGAAAGGAACGAUCUCGGUCCUCUUUGAGCCGCUGCUGUACCUAUCCUCCGCAAGCCCACGCCGGAGGUCCAGUCGACGGGACAUGGUCAACAACGUGAAGGCGAAGAUUCAGCAUAAGGAGUAUACUCAACUUCGCGCCGCCGCCGUGCGCAUUCUUCUCAAGCCUGCGCCGCAGGUCUAG